AAAGCCGUGCGGCACAAUCGUGUAUGUGCGCAUUCCACCAACAGUGCACGUUCCAAGUGUUCGCUGCGUGCGACUUAUGGACUUGCGGCACGUCCGGCUCGAUUGAGUUAUCAACCUAUCAUUUGUUCGAUUGAUUGACCGUUGUGACGUCUUAAUUUUCAUUUGGAUGCAACGCACGAAAAUGCGCUGUUUAACGAACGCAAGCCAAGUUCCACGUCCCGUGCUUUGCUGUAUUCUUAAAAACAAUAUAACGGAGCAGCUUUCGCCAUGGUUGUGUAACGAACUCUUUUUACAGUUCUUUCAAUAGGGGAAUCCAUGCAAAGUAUUCCAGCAGUAGCGACUAUAGUGACUGGACCCAUUCAAGAUUUAGGCAAAGUGACACAACCAACCAUCACUGGAGAAAUGUGGGCCGCAUUAAUUGCCAAGUACACGAAAAACACCUACCAAGGCAGUGAUGUAAUCAUCUACCAAGUGUUCAGCCCGCUGUUUCUGGCAAAGGCGCUCGAGUCUGCAGAAGUUGGCUCGCACGGCAUGCGGUGCUACAUAGCCUGGAGCCUGUUCCGCCAGCUUGUAAAGUACACGGAUCCCGAUUUAUUGGUGAAGGACGAAAAGCCCGAAGACGUCUGCUACGAGCGCGCCAACAGGCUAAUGGGGUACGCUAUCACCAGCCGGUACUUCCAUUCGGUAAUCAGCAAGAAGACAAUCUUGAAGGUCAAGGAAAUGGCUUCCAACAUCCGUAAGGCUUUCCAAGGGGCAUUCCAGUCGUCAAGCUGGAUGACAGGAUCAGUACGGGAAGCUGCCCUGCGAAAAAUUACCAAUAUGCGGCAUCACAUAGGUGCCAUUGGAGCGAUGCUUGAUGACGCCUACGUGGACAAAUAUUACGCGAGCUUUCCGGACUUGCCCACCGACCGGUUCUUCAAAGCUUGGCGGGAGGCUGCAGCAGCCGCCAUUCACCAAACAUGGGCCGACGCAACGAUGAUGCUGCAUAAAGAGACCGAGGCGAACGCGUUUUACACUGGCCAGUUUAACACGAUGCACAUCCAGGCAUCAGUUCUGCUUCCCAACUUACUUUUCACUGAAGGUCCUGCUGCCUUCAACUACGGCAGCUUCGGCAGGAUUAUUGGUCACGAGAUGAUGCAUGGCUAUGACGUCAACGGAUCACAGUAUGACGAGAACGGCAAGCUGAGUCCUUGGUUGUCGCCUCAAUCUACCAUGCACUACGUGAACAGCACGCUCUGCUUGCGGCACAUGCACAAGGAUGUCCUCGAGCGAAGGCAAGAAGUCCUAAACGAAACGAUAGACUCGGAAAACAUCGCCGACUUAGGAGGAACAACGAUGGCAUACUCCGCAUUUACGUCGCUGCCCCCCUCAAAGAGGGACGCCACCUUGCCAGGCGUCGCCAUGACAGCGAACCAGCUAUUCUUUGUCGGCCAUUGCACCCCAUGGUGUGAGAAACAGACAACGGACUCACCGCUGUGGCUCUCUGGUCGCAGUAGCUACGCACCCGGUCGCUCUCGGUGCGUCGUGCCACUGAUGAACAUGCCCGAGUUCUCGGAUGCAUUCCACUGCAAGCAGGGGUCGUACAUGAACCCGCCAAACAAGUGCACGUUCUGGUCAUGAAAGUGGGAGAGCAUACGCGUUCGGUGUGUCAUUCUCUACCUGUCGUUCAAUUAAAAAUUCCAGGUUUUUGUCGCCAAUCUGACAGAUAAGCUUAUGAGCACAGCGCUUGUGCGCGUCUGCUCAUACGCUCGCCUGGCGUGUGUUUCGUGCUACGCAACAGCUCGACAAAAAGAAUAAUUUGGUGUUUGCUUGCUCUGUGGUAGCUAU